AUGUGCAAAACAGAUAAUAAUGAAAAAUGGCUAAAAGAUAUCUUAACUCAACGUAAUCAGUCAGAUGAAUAUAUAAAACAACAAGAAGUAAUCGAACGUAUAGCUGAAUCUGACUUAUGUCCUGGUAAACAAGGUAGCCAAAAAUGUAUUACACAAUGUUUACGUUUGAAUCAAACUCAAGGUAAAUGUACAAGUAAUGCAGUUUGCCAAUGUCUGGAUAGUGAUAGCAGAACUUGGAGGACAUAUGAAGAACUUGUGGAAAUGGGUCAACUGAAAGACGAUUACGAACUCUGUACAGAAGACAAUCCAAAACAUAACGAAAUUUGUACCAAGAAAUGUAAAGCAACAGGUCGUUUGAACGGCUCUUGCACAAUAGAAAAGGACACUUGUUCUUGUUUGAAUAAUAAACAGAUUUGGGAAAAAUUACAGGAAAAAGAGGAUUCAGAGGAUACAAAUCAAAUGCAGCACAUUGAAAAUACCCUAAAAGUUGAUGAAAAGGAAAACAAAGAACUUAUCGAAAAAGCAUUAGAAUCGGGAUUCAUAAAACAAAAUGAAACAAGUAAGUUCAUCUUGUGCAAAUAUACGACACGUCAUCAAAAUCGGUGUAGAACCCUUUGUAAAGGAGUAGGUCAUAGGUACGGAAAAUGUUACUCAAAUGUAUGUUUAUGCAAACAACAAAAGGGAACUUGGAAAAGAUUGAAAAGCAAAUAUGUUGAUUACGAUAAAAUCAAAGAAACAAUUACACAAGGACAACAAGAAGAGCAAGAAGAGCAAGGUGUUUGUACUGUCCGAUUUUAUGGCCGUGUAAAGAUACAUUGCCUGCAAAACAUUACGCAAACUUUGCAAGAUAAUUUCUGCAGAGACGAUUGCAUGAAGCUGAAUCGGCCUGGUGGAAAAUGUGACCAGGCAAAUCAAAGAUGCGCAUGCAACUACCAUUCUGAUUUCUUUGCGAAUUAAAUAUAAUUUACAUAAAACAACAUC